GCAGCCUGGAACUUGAAUUACUGGCAGUGGCAGUGAGUAGUAUAAGAAGGCCGAUAGCAUAUCUCAUUAUUACCACGCGACCACAUUUUAACGCCGUCUCCUCUAAAUUAUUCGAGUCCCGUCUCUUACACCAGUCUACACCAAACCAUCGAAUCUCAGUUCUAGAAAACAAAUCGUUUCGUACCCAAGCAACAACCAUCAUCAUGCCUCAACACCCCGCGGAAGAAAACACUCAAUCCAACAUCUUCGACAAGGUCGCCAAAGAGUCCUCCGACUCGACGGCUUCCGACCAUCCUAUCCACAAUGAAAACAGCGGCCCAUUGAAGCAGGCCACCUCUGAGGAUCUUAGAAGCAAAGGCCCCCAGAUCUCCGAAGACAUGCCACCGGCCGCCAGCAAGGACGAAUUGAAGGCAAAGGCGCAGGAGAUGAACAAAUAAGUUUUAAGUUGUACAACAUAUUCUCGGCCAACGGGUUCAAGAAAAGACUACAACUGUACGGUAGCACGGCAUUCAGAACAGCUGCAUCACGGAAAGGAAACGCCAUUAUGGAAACCAAAGGCACAUUAGCAAUGAAAUCAUGACUUUUCAUCUGACUAUUCCUUUAGUACAGUACAUGCCUGAGACUUUCGUAAAGGCCCAAAAACGGUUUCCCUGAACCCGCUCUAUCGCCGUGCCGCCGCUAUGCAUGCAUCAAACACUUUGUUCGGCUGAAUCACAUAUCUAGUUGGGUCGUCAUGCCAGUCGUGCUCGCUUUUCCGGAGGCUCCCCGUCUUCCGACUGUUCUUGGCCUGGGCGCUGAUGAGGGAUAUCCCUCGUCUUCAGCUUAGUGAUGUCGCUCGAUUCGUCUUUUUUGGUUGUUGUGGCGGAGAGCUCGUGUGCUCUAGCCGAAGCGUGUUUGGGCAAGCUGAUUGAGAGGUACACGAGCUUGCCGGAAUGGCUAUUCUGCC